AUGGCGUCCUCCAACGGUAAGGAAAGCGGCAAAAUGACUGCUUCGAUGGACAGCCUCAAGAUAUCUAGCAAGAAUACCUCAGUAGGCUCCUCCAAGCAUGCCUCCUCCGAAUCGGUGUUGUCCCGCAAGGACAAGGAGUGUCUGCAGAUGCAGGAGUGCAAGAAGAAACUCCUGGCGAUGGAGCCCCAGAUCAUAAUAAGAGACGAAAACGUAGUGCUGAGGUCACCUCCGCAGAAGAAGAUUGUCAUGCCGCCACCGAUAAAUCCGGAGGUGAGUGGG